AUGGCGGACCCCUUCGAAGUGCGCCAGCGCUUCACGACGCUGCUGUCGCAUCUGAGCGCGUCGCACACGUCCAUCCAGAAGGCCGCCGUCUAUGCGCUCAAGAACCGCGACAUGGACGAGGACCUGCACUCGUGCAUCCUCGAGCAGCUGGAGCGCACCAACAUGAACACGCGCGCGAACAUCAUGUUCUUCAUCGAGAGCCUGUGCGAGAUGGCGGUCAAGGACGCCGGCCCGCCGACCGGCGAGGGCAGUGCCAUGGGCUUUGUGCGCAUGCUGCAGCGAGACAUACUGCCCGUCGUGGACUGCGUCGUGGGCGAGGAGGGGGCCAAUGUCCGCGUCGUGCGCAAGGUCCUCCACACUCUGCAGAAGAUUGGCAUCCUGCUCUCCGAGACCGUCGCCGAGCUCGAAGUCGUGCUCAAGGCGCGCGAGCCAGAAGACCCUUUCCAGCCCUCGCCCUCCAAUGCCGGUGCCCACAAGAAUGCAAAACUCGACAAACGCCAAAUCGAGCACCGCAUAGAAGAAGAUCGCGAGAGACACAAGAGGUUGCGCGAGAGCAUCUGGGCUGUGCCCGGCGAGGGCGAGGAGGAGAUGCACAAGCUGUGGGACGAAGCAAGCGACAUUGGAGAGGAUGACUACAUCAUUGGACAGGAAGACAAAGACGAGAGAGAGCAGGCUAUCGCCUUUGGGUGAAUUGCGGCUUUUGGACGCGCGAUACCGUCUUCACCGCGUCGUGGCGUUUGGGGAAUCUGCAUUUUUAGGGCGUUGGGGUG